AGGAGCCUUUGACCAGCGAUGCCACAACACCAGAAGCCGCCACCCUGCACAACGCAAUAGGGACAAUCGGUGAUCGAGAAAAGCCCACACAACCCGUGCUACGGACAACGGUGUCGGAUCAAGCGCUGCAAACACAGGACGAUCCGCAAAUAGAGAACCAACGCCACACUCAGAAAACCCCGCAGCAACCGUACCCAGAAAUACCCAAAUUGGAUCUGCAGAAUCAGACCACUCCAAUUGUUUUGGAAACGGCUCCUACCCCCUCACCCACUGCGGAAACCCAAAAGUUUAAGUAUUUGGCUGGCCAAGGCGUGAGUGCCGAUUUGCAAGCGGGGUUCGUGAGGUUCGACGCAAUUAUGGAG